CGUCAGAGCUGAGGCAGGCAGGGAGAAGCACUGCUCCGAAUAGUGACGGUGAUCAAGAGACGACACACUCAGCCGCUGUUGUAAAAUGCAAGAAGGAGGACCAAGUGUCAGGCGCCACCGCUCGCCUUCUCUUUCAUCUCUCACUCUAUCGCUCUCCUGCUCUGCUCUGGUUGUCUCUAUCUGCAGCCCUCUGGCUGGCUUCUCUCUCUCUCGCUCGUUGGCUGGGGCUUGGCUGGCCGAGCAGCGAAGUGUAUUGACACAGUGGACUACCUGCUGCCUGGGGACUGCGUGCGCUGUGAGUACUCUAUGAAUACGCGGAGCUCCACGUUGUUGUUUUGGCUGCCAGUGAAUGGCCUUGUCCCUCGGAGGAACAACUUGGAAGGUGAGCGUCAGGAACCGGGAGUAUUUUCUGGAAGAGGAACAGACAGGAGGAAUGGAUGCUUGAGAAAAGACCGAGAUUGAGCCAGCUUCUCCUCAAUGUGCAGCUUCUCCUCAAUGAAAAAUGUGUGAAUAAGCGACAGUUUUUCAGAAAAGGAGAAAACCAAGUGACACUCUCGGACAGAGGGAAGUAUAUAUUUUUGGAUGAAUAUUCCAUUUUGUGGACAUAAGGAAAGAUAGAGAAACACAGUCUUCAGUGAUUCUGUUAAUGUCUGAACAGUCUUUUUCUCUCUUUUUAUCUCUCUGUUUCUUUGUUUAUUUUUCUCCAGUUAGUGUCGGCUGUGGCUUGUCACUUCUGUAGUAUAGCCGGUCUCUGGUGGAACAGCGCUAAGGAGAAGGCGACUUGCGCUAAGGGACAGAGAAGGGGCACGUAAAUAGUUUCCCUCCCAACUUCCCGCCACUCUACAUUUUUUUCUGACCUGCUUUCUCCGGACCCCAGGGGUGGCCCCCAAAUGCGAGUGGCAAGGGAGCCAUAUUGUUUUGAAACAAGGAGAGGGGGUAGUGGAAAAAAAUAUCCCCCUUCACACUCCUGAGAGCAUAUGGUUUAGCGAGUGGUGGCCAGCUGCUUACUAGCCACCCGCUAAUUACGCUAGCGUGACAACAGGGGCAGCUCUGUGCUCGGAGGAGACAGUCGUGUUACUGCUGGCUUUAUUUUGGUGCUGACUGGAGCUAUAUGGAACAAUAAGCUUGCGGGCACAAAGAAUACAAAGAAGCAGUUGUUCUUGUUUUACUUGUAGCGUUUUGUAAGGAAAAGAAAAGGAGGCUGCUAAUGAAUGUCUUUACAGCUUCAGAGCUGCCGGAGCUCUAGCCCCAAGGCUCCCAGUUUAUCAGCCACAGGAGGCUGAAGGAAGAUGCUCCCCGCCAAGUCACCAGGGGCUACUCUUGACGAAUGCUGUGGCAGCGCAGGGGUGCCUGGUUCAUUUUGUCUUGAGGGCUGCCGGGAGACCAGUGGGAAGUGGAAUUGUUCACCAAGGCGGUGAAGAGAUCAAGGAGGCUCCUUACUGUGGAAUUACUUUACUUUAAUUACGUUAACUUUCAGGUGCACCUACGUGUGGUUGGUUCACACAUACACUUUCAUACUGUAUGUUUACUCACUCCCCACACAUACAAUCUGUCGUGGUCCCCUUCCAGUGCUUGGAUUAAAAUGGAGGUAGUGUGGGCAGGUGGGGGGCUGUAGGAGCGGAGGCCCACACCCGUCUGUCCUCUUCCCACAAAUGGAUGUUAUUAGUUUCCAAAAUUAGUUGCCUGGAAACCUCUAAAAGCUUCUGGCCGUGUCUUUCUGAAAGCAACUGCAACUCCCUCCCCACGGUGGAACACAGCUUGAGUCAGAGCUGAAUCUACCAGCCAUUACCCAGCCUAUCAUUCUCUCCUCCUCUUGCCUCGUUUCGCGUGUCAUCUUUAUUCCGUGGUUCUUCAUCUCCCACCCCGUUACCCGCACCUCCCCGUCGGGGACGGACUCUGGAAGUGGAGUAUGACCAGCUGCCAUUACCCCACUCCGCCCCCGGAGCGGGACCGGAUGUACCAACACAAGGUGUCCCUGGUGGUGCGCUACUUUAUGAUCCCCUGUAACAUAUGUCUCAUCCUGCUGGCCACCUCCACGCUGGGCUUCGCCGUGCUGCUCUUCCUCAACAACUACAAACCUGUUCACUUCACACCAGCCCAGCCUCCUGACGAUUGCAGAGGAAUGCUAUGCGGCUUCGGGUCAGUGUGUGAACGUGACGCGGCUGACCCCUCCAAGACAGAGUGCGUCUGCAAGAAGAUGGUGUGUCCGUCGGUUGUGGCGCCUGUGUGUGGCUCGGACUCCUCGACCUACUCCAAUGAGUGUGAGCUGGAGAAGGCCCAGUGCAACACGCAGCGGCGCAUCAAGGUGCUGCGCAAAGGACCCUGCGCCCUGGAGGACCCGUGCAGUGAGGUGACCUGCAGCUACGGCAGCACCUGCAUCCAGUCAUCGGACUCCUUGUCGGCCAAGUGCAUGUGCCCGCUGAGCUGCGACGGUAAGCCCGAGCAGGUGGUGUGUGGCAGUGACGGCCAAGACUACCGCAACGAGUGCGAGCUCUACAAGCAAGCCUGCCACACCCAGAAGAACUUCCGCCUGCAGCACCAGGGAUACUGCAACCCCUGCAAAGACAGCGAGAACAGUCUGAAUGUGGCGUGCCGGGUGGAGCCACGUACCCGCCAGCCCCUGACCUUUGCCCCCCCGGAGUCCUGCCCACCUGUCAAUGAGCCACUGUGCGCCAGUGACAGCCAGACGUACGAGAGCGAGUGCCAUAUGACGAGGACGGGCAUGCAGAAGGGCAUUGAACUCAGGAAGAUCCACCCGGGCAGCUGUAAGAAACAAGAGAUGUGCAAGGUGGAGUGCAAGUUCAAUGGCGUGUGCCAGGUGGAACGUCUAGGCGUGCGCUGCUCCUGCGAGCCUAUCCAGUGCGACGGGACCUACAAGCCGCUGUGCGGCAAAGACGGACGCAGCUACGUCAACGACUGUGAGCGGCGACGCGCCGAGUGCCUGGCUAAAGCCCACAUCCCCGUCAAGCAGCAAGGCCCGUGUGAUCUCCACGCGCCCAGCCCGUGCCUGGCAAAGGCCUGCGAGUUUGGCGCUGUGUGUGUGGUGAAGAACGACAAGCCCGUAUGUGAGUGCCCCGAAGCCUGCCUCCAGACACCCGACCCAGUGUGCGGCAGUGAUGGCCACAGCUACGGCAGCCAUUGUGAGAUGAGGGCCACGGGCUGCGCCCUGCAGAGGGAGAUCCACAUCCAGCACCGAGGACCCUGCGACGAGACGUGUGCCAACUGUUCAUUCGGGGCGAUCUGCGACGGGCAGUCGGGCAGCUGUGUGUGCCCACAAGAGUGCGUGGAGUCCCACCAACCGGUGUGCGGCAGCGACGGCUCCACCUAUGACAGCGAGUGUGAGCUCCACGUGCGCGCCUGUACCAAGCAGCUUGACCUGCGUGUGCUCGCCCAGGGAGAAUGCAAGACCUGUGGCAGCGCUGUGUGUGCCUGGGGGGCCCAAUGCAUCCAGAACAAGUGCGAGUGCACGCAGUGCCAGGGCCAGGCUUUCUCGCCUGUGUGUGGCAGCGACGGCAUGACCUAUGACAACACUUGCGAGCUGGGCUUGGCAUCCUGCGUCCUCAAGAAGAAGAUCGAGGUGGCCAAGCUCAGCAGCUGCGAAGAAGAGUGUGGUUCAGGAGGGUCGGCCUCAGGUGUUGAGAGCUGCGAACAGGAUAGGUGUCGUACGUUUGGAGGCUCGUGGGACGAGGACACAGAGGAUGACCGCUGUGUCUGUGACUUCGACUGCAAUCGCGUGCCUCGCAACCUGGUGUGUGGCUCAGAUGGGAAGACCUACAGCAACGAGUGUGAGAUGAAGAAGGCCAGUUGUGAAAGGCAAAGGCAUCUGCUGAUCCAGAAUCACGGACCCUGCACAGCGAUAUCAGCCACCUCUCCACCGGAGCGGACAGCGCCACAACGCUGCAUUCAGUCAGUCUACGGCUGUUGCCGCGACAACAAGACGGCGGCCCUUGGUGUGGGACUCGCUGGAUGCACCAGUACGUGUCAGUGUAACCCGUAUGGCUCCUACAAGGGGACGUGUGACCCGGGCAGCGGCCAGUGCUCCUGUAAGCCCGGCGUCGGGGGACAGAAGUGCGACCGCUGUGACCCAGGCUUCUGGAACUUCCGUGGCAUUGUCACAGAGAACUUGAGCGGCUGCACACCGUGUAACUGCGACGCAGUGGGCUCGGUGAGGGACGACUGCGAGCAGAUGUCAGGCCUGUGCUCCUGCAAGACUGGAGUGAAGGGCAUGAAAUGCAAUGUGUGCCCCGACGGCAGUAAGAUGGGCAGGAGCGGCUGCGACACAGGUGCUGAUGCCCCAACCUCAUGUAAUGAGCUGGACUGCAAGUUUGGUGCGUCUUGUGUUGAGGUCAAUGGUCAAGCCCACUGUGAAUGCCCCUCGCCCGACUGUGACGAGAUGAACAAGACCAAGGUGUGUGGCUCUGAUGGGGUGACCUACGCUGACCAGUGCCAGCUGAGCACCAUUGCCUGUAGGCGGGACAAGCACAUCAGAGUGGAACACUUUGGCCAGUGUGCAGAAAGCAUCACCGAGCCUGCCAGCCGACCCACCCCUUACCCCCCCACCCCCCGCGCAAAAGCCACCACCCCCUCCCACGUCAGGCUUACGUCGCCGCGCCAUGGCACAUCAUACUCUCCCUGGGACGAUGAUGAAACCGAGGCGCCACUAGCCUCAUUCGUGGAGGCCCUGCCGCCACCCAUGUCCACUGAGAGACCGCUCACCACCAACCACCCCGUCAUCACCCCCCACCACCCACCUCACUCCACCACCCCUCGCCUACCCAGCCACACCAGCCCUGGCUCCUCCCCUACAGCCUUCGAGGACUCAGGGAGCGGUGAGCCCAGCGGAGACGACCAGGUGGAGGAGGUGGAAGAGGGUAGCGGCGUCGGAGUCCUGGAGGCGAGCGGAGAGGAGCCAGUUGACCCCACAGCCGCGGCCACCACCAUCCCCACAGCGGAGGAUCGCUCGUCGUGUGACAACACACCCUUCGGCUGUUGUCCUGAUGGCAAGACGGCUUCCAGCAGCCCUGAGGGAGCCAAAUGCCCCUCCACCAUGCGGUUCAGCGGCUUCCUGCACUUGGACCAGGUGGAGGGCCAGGAGGUCUUCUACACCCCUGAGAUGGAGGAUCCCAAGUCUGAGCUGUUUGGCGAGACGGCCAGGAGCAUCGAGAGUGCUCUGAACGAGUUGUUCUGUAAAUCAGAGGUGCAGAAGGACUUUAUGAGUGUCCAAGUCCGCAGCCUGGCGCCCAGCAACUCCAUCCUGGCCUUCAUCGAGGCCCACUUCAACCCAGAGACCAGGUUCACGGUGCAGGACAUUGAAGGAGCCCUGCUCAAGCAGCUGAAGGCAGCCAAGGAGACAGCCAUUGUGGUGAAGAAGCCAGAGGAGGAGAAUAUUCGCUUCAACAACUAUGGCCUGUUCUCCCUCCCCUACUUCACCACCAGUACCACAGCUACCGCCACCACCCCCACUGCCAGCACUGCCACCAGCACCAUGCUGCCGCCCCCCAACUCCGCUUUCAUCACACGCCGUCCCCUGGGCACCACACGCCGUCCCUAUACCAGCCGCCGGACCACCGCCGCCCCUUCUACCAUGGCCCCCAUUCCCACCACUACUAUCACCCCCCUCCACAGGACCAGCCCUGUGCCCCACUACACCAAGGCCCAGCAGCCCUGUGACUCCCACCCCUGCCGACACGGCGGCACCUGCGAGGACGACGGCGCCGAUUUCACCUGCAUCUGCCCCGCCGGGAGAGGGGGCGCUGUCUGCGAGAAAUUGAUCACAUACUUCAUCCCGUCAUUCGGGGGUAAGUCCUAUCUGGCCUUCGACACCAUGAGGGCCUAUCACACGGUCCGCAUCGCCAUGGAGUUCAGGGUGGCCGAGAUGACGGGCAUCCUGCUCUUCAACGGCCAGGAUGGCAAGAAGGACUUCCUGUCUCUCACCCUGGUCAAUGGCAAGGUGGAGCUCAAGUUCAACACCGGCUCGGGCACAGGCACACUGGUCAGUAAAGUCCAGGUGAAGCUGGGUCGCUGGUACCAGCUGGUGGUGACGAGGAACCGGCGCAACGCCGUGCUGAGCGUGGAUGACGAGCUCCACAUCGAGGGCGCCAGCCCCCCCGGAACCGACGGCCUCAACCUGGACACACACCUCUUCAUCGGAGGGGUGCCCGAAGACAUGAUGACAGAUGUGAAGGAGCGGACCUCCACCGGUACAGGUCUUGUUGGCUGUGUUCGCACGCUGGACGUCAACAACCUGGUGUACAACCUGCAGGAGAAGGGUGGCAACGUGCUCUACGGCACCGGCGUAGGCGAGUGCGGCAACAACCCGUGCCAGCCGAACCCCUGUAAGAACAGCGCCUCCUGCCAGGUCAAGGAGGCUGAGAUGUUCCACUGCAAGUGCAUCAACAGCUACUCCGGUCCGACGUGCGCCGACACCCACAAUCCAUGCGAGCCUAACAGAUGCCACCCAUCGUCCCAGUGUCAGGUGCAACCAGAGGGAGGGUAUAAGUGUGAGUGUCCCAUGGGCCGCGAGGGACUCCAUUGCGAGCAAGUGUCGGACAAGAAAGGGGCCUACAUGCCGUUCUUUAGUGGUGACUCUUACCUGGAGCUGAAGGGAUUGCACACCUACGGUCACAAUCUCCACCAAAAGGUCAGCAUGACGGUGGUGCUCAUGGCCAACGAAUCCAACGGCAUGAUAUUCUACAAUGGCCAGAAGACCGACGGCAAAGGGGACUUCAUCUCCCUCUCCCUCAACGACGGCAUCCUGGAGUUCCGCUACGACCUGGGCAAGGGCCCCGCCGUCAUCAGGAGUAAAGAUAAGAUCAAGAUGGGUAUGUGGAACACAGUGAAUCUGGAGAGGGCCAGUCGCAAGGGAGAGAUCAACAUAAACGGAAAGGACCCAGUCAGGGGAGAGUCACCGAACCAACACACCGCUCUCAACCUGAAGGAGUCUCUGUUCGUGGGUGGUGCUCCUGAUUUCAGCCGGCAAGCGAGAGCCGCCUCGCUCAAAGAUGGCUUCAAGGGGGCCAUUCAGAAGAUCACCCUGAUGGGCACUCCCAUCCUGCGGCAGGAGAACGCAUUGCACUCCAGUGACGUGGCAAUGUUCAAGGGCCACCCGUGCAGCUGGAAUCCCUGCCACAACGGGGGUCUCUGCAACCCCAUGCUUGAGAGCUACGAGUGUGUGUGCCCCCACGGCUUCACGGGCACAGCCUGUCAGAACAGCAUCUUGGAGAAGUCCGCCGGGGAGUCGGAGUCCAUUGCUUUUGACGGCCGGACUUUUAUCGAGUACCACAACGCCGUCACCAAGAGUGAGAAGGCCCUGCAGGUGAACAAAUUUGAGCUGACCAUCAAGACGGAGGCCACACAGGGCCUGGUGCUGUGGAGCGGCAAGGGCGUGGAGCGCUCUGACUAUAUCGCCCUGGCCAUUGUGGAUGGCCGCGUGCAGAUGACCUAUGACCUGGGCUCCAAGCCUGUGGUGCUUCGCUCGACGGUGCGCGUCAACACUAACAGUUGGAUCUGCGUCAAGGCCAGCAGAGCACGUAGGAACGGAUCUCUCCAGGUGGGCAACGAGGCAGCAGUCACGGGAUCGUCGCCCCUGACAGCCACUCAGCUGGACACAGACGGAGCUCUCUGGUUGGGUGGCUUGGAGGAGUUGAUGGUGGCCCACAGACUGCCUAAGGCCUACAGCACGGGCUUUGUUGGCUGUGUAAAGAAUGUGGUGGUGGACGGCAUGGGGCUUCACCUGGUGGAGGACGCACUCAAUAGCCCCAAAAUAUUACACUGUUCCUCCGCUGAGGACAGAAAAUAGCCUGGUUAAACCACCCCCUUCAUAAACUACAUGUCUAAUGCUGUAAUUAAGUUCUAUUUUUGUAUAAUUAUCAUCGCUUUUUAUAUUGGAAAAAAAUAAUACAUCAUUUAAAUUUGUUUUAUUUUGUUUCGUUAUACUGUAUUUGUUUUGUUUGUUUAUCUACGCCUCCCGUUCAUUCAUUAUCCCCCUCCUGAAAGGCCGGUGUAAAUACCUUGCGUAUAUUUGUGUGGCGUCGCAAGACAAGCGAAAGUUGUAUUAAUUGUAUUUGUUAUUUUCAAACAAACGCGAACAAAACCUUCAUAUCGCUCAUUGCUUGAACACUGGUGAACCACAUUGGUCCUCUCUAUUAUUGCCUCGUCUUGGUGUCAUAUCAGUCACUACCACCCAACACAGCCUAUAGACAUAACCCUAACUCUACAUACAAACAUUCCCGUGUGAGGCAAAUGCAGUAGACAUACUGCAGAUACCUGUGCCAUGUUCGUUCGAGCACACUGUUACAAAAUGUUUUACAACAUUUUGCAACGAAAACAAGCCUGUCUUAUUGGUGCCUCAUGAACACAACUCUGGUUUCAUAGAACCCUCUGCUUGCCCCUGAUAGGACACAAGUGUAUUCCAUAUUAGUUAAGACUGAGUUUCGGAAACCGCCUGAUCAAACUCUUCAAACUCCUCAUACAGCGCAAAUACUCUCAGUUGGCUCUGAACCAAUGACUAAGUCUCAUUUUUGAACAAAGACGAAGUGCCCUGCAUUCCUGAAAAACUUACAUAUCAUAAUUUCAAAACAUACAUCAAUCAAGAAAUGUAAUAAUAAUUUACAUAAAUAAAUGUAAUAAAUAUAGAGUAUAUAAAUACCUGAGACUGUGAAUAUGUAAGAUUGGUUCUCUUCUCAUGUAUUGUGCUUCUCAUGUAUUGUGCAUAUUCUAUUUUGCAAUCAGUAAAGCUAACAAUGACCACUAGUUGCAUGCAGUUUCUGCGGUGUUGAUUUUGUUUUGUUUUAGUUUCGCCUGAUCUUUUCAUUUUCUGAGGCGAACGUGUCAGAGGUCAAGUGGAUUAUUUUACUCUCACCUGAUUUCACUGAGCUUGUAGAACUAUUUCAUUUGGCUGGGUCCUUUUUUUUUUAUGGUGUAACAGAACAAGUUGUUGUUUUUACCACAUCUGGCCUGAUGGAGGAGCUGUAAGAUAAGGCUAAAUAGAGGAAGAGGAGAGACGUCAUACCAGGUGGGUAAUGGGACCCUUCAAUGCUCAGUCAUGGAAUGUUCAAUCAUCAAUGAAAUUCUUCAAUCUUUCAAACUUCAGAGUAAAAAAAUGUUUCUCAAAUUGAAAUGAAAACUGGUUUAUACUCUUGCAUUCAAAUAAAGGGGUCCAUCUCUUGCUGUUGGAAAGGGGAUAAUGUGAUAAGUUGGGAUAUUGGGCAGCAAAAUUUAAAGAAAAAUCGCAAACAUGCAAUUGCAAAUAAACAUACUAAUACAUGGGUUUGUAUUAAGAUGAAUUCUGUAACAUCCAAAAACUGACAUAAACCCACUCUGUUUUGAUACAUAAGAUACUUGGCAAUAUUGUUCACUUCAUAUUUCCCCCUUCUGAAACAAAGGCGGCCAUUUUGUAAAUGUAGCAUUGUGUAAAACUGUGGAGGUUGUUUUUAGUACUAUACACUGGAACCAAGAAGUCUGACUUGUCUGUUCACUACACACAAUAAUUAUGUUCUUAUGUCAAUGGGGAAGGGAAGGGAAGGGGAAGAGCAUUGAAGCAUAUGGCUUUUGAGUCAAAUCAAGGACUAGUUUCCAAAGCUAAGACCAGUAACCGGGUGUGCGUAUGUAUGGUCUACACCACUGCAUUUCUAUGUUGUAUUACUGUUGAAUUGGACCUAUUCCAGUAGUUGUGGAAUGUGUCCUGUGUUAUUGACACUCAGAAGUGACACUGGCUCAAGUAUAAGACGGGCACAAUCUAAUGUCGGGGUAGUUGAAACUGUCUAUGAAUUGCCUUAAAACAGUUCCAACGGCUCACCGGUUGACAAAGUCGUUGUCCAUACUGUUCUGUGCUCUUAUUUUAACCAGCAUCCUAGCCUCAUCAACCCCAUCGUGUAAAGUAAUAUGUAAUAAUUCAAUUCAUAAUAAUGCUCAUACAAGUCAUCGGAGAGCCUCAGAAAUGUCUGCCUCUGGCUUUUACAGAAAAUGUACUAUUUACUGUUUGAAUCUAUUUUCUGUUCCUUUAUGUCUUCAUGUGGAUUCCCCUAUCGACUGGCCUCUAAACUACUGUUUGAUUGAGACGCUCCUGAAGGGCAGUGCACCGAGUAAGAGUGGCAUGACCUGACCAUUACUAACUUUAUUACCUUUUGUCUUUUGUUCCUACCACCAUGAAAUAAAAUGUCAAACAGA